AUGGAGCGUCGCUCCGGAUCCGGCAACGCCGAAAACACUGGAGAUUGGGAGCUCGUCAAAGGUAGACGUGGUAACCGAUCUGAUCAACUUCUCUCGAUAAAAGACCCGCAGGCUAGGAUUCCCCCUGGUUCUAAUGGUAGAUCUAUCCCCUCCCUCAACAGAGACUUCAACAUCUUCAUCAGGAACAUCUCCUUUGAUACAACAAUGGAAGACCUCUUCCGCAUUUUGAGCAAGUUCGGUAAGGUCCUAGACACAUACAUUCCGACCGUCCCGGGCUCUUUCAAGCCUAGGGGUUUUGGAUUCGCUCGCUUCCGCUACGAAUAG